UAAGUACUAAUAUAUGUACCCGAGAUGAUUAAACGUCAUGUGUAUGUGUAUAUACGAGCAGUUGUAAUGUGGUUUGAUUUAUGACAACAAUAUGGCCGAGAAUGGUCAAACUAAAACAGUUUCAUUUAAAGAUUUGAUAGAGAAGAAAGAUGUAUCUGUCACUGGAUUUGGGAUUUAUUUUAUAGGAUUGUCAACAAGUGGUGACGUUUCCAUAGAAACGAACGAUGAGAAUCUAUGUAUGGUAUUACUGACCUUAACACUACAAGAAAAUGGCGGCUGCACUUUAUCUCCCGCCAAUUCUGAUCUCGUCUGCUAUAUUAAUUCAAAUGACCCACUUUCUGGAGAAAUGCAUUUGAUCGAUGGUACAAAACUGGAGAUUGCAGACAAAAAGUUAAUGUUUAUAGAUGGUCCUAUACCUAGAAGACGGAGAAAACUACCCCCUACCCCCGGGCUCGCAGUUGGUGAUCCCCCAGCCAAACCAUCAAGAAACAAAAAAUCUGUCACCUCUACAGGAAGUGGUGAAAAGAACGCUACAGCAGACGACAGUUCCAAACCGAAAACGCAUAAUAACGCUGAAGAUGAUACAGAAGAAAAAGACAAUGCUGACAAAAGAUGGCUAGAGACGAGUUGGUGCAUGCUGGAUCUACGUGACUCCGAGCAAGAUUUGUUCCGUAACCUAGAAACGCCUGAGCAGAUCAGUAUUUUGUCAGCUAGUUAUUUUUCUAAACAAUUACGGAUGUUUACAGAUGCGACAAUAACCCAAAAGCUAUUAGACGACGUAUUUCGUCUGUUCAUGGAUACAGUAGAAGAUUGCAGGGAAAUUUACAUGAACUACUUAUCAGAUUUAUCCAAAGCACUGGCUAAGGUUCCUGAUAAAUCGAACACUAGACCUAUGCAUGGCCCUGCUGUACGGUUCCUCACAGAGCUACUUAAACAAUGCAUCGAUCCUGUUGAAAGAGUAAUUCUAAUAUUGGACCUACUUCGUACAUUUAGUCACUUUGAUAACAAUCUGACAACGAUGAUACACUACCAGACGACAUCUGCUGUUCUAGGAAGUAUGUCGGCAUAUCUAGAUGUUGUAGAAGUCCAGCAGUACGGCGUUGACAUCCUAGCCAAAAUAGCAACAUACAAACCAACUCUCGAUAAAAAGGCACCACUUCGUGAAGUUGGUCUUGAUCUGGUAAUACGGUCGGUGAAGUACCACGAAAUGAACGUGAAUCUGUCAAGGUCGGCAUGUCGCGUGUUUGCUAAUAUAGCCAGUACUUUCAUCAACGUUUUAAGCCACUGGCUUGAUACAGAACAUUCGUCGGAUACAGAUAUUACGAGGGUCAUAGAACAGUGUGAAAACCUUGUAGAAUAUGUCUUUAGGGAAGGUAUUCCAACAAUACAGGCAAUUAUGAAAACAUUUGGAAAUGAUCUUGGUGUAAACACAGAAGGAAGGAAAUUUAUAUUCUAUUAUGCCAAACUACCACAGCUUCAGUUAAAGAAGUCACAAUGGUUAAAACAGAAAGAUGCUAAACCUGAUACUCUUGAUAAUGAAACAAAUGAAUCGAUACACGGAGAUGACUUUCAUGAAAGUGUAACUAGUUCUCAGACGAUUUCGAAAAAUGAAUUUCUGUCCGGAAAAAUAGAAGAAGAAGAGCCGCAGGGCAUACUCAAACAUGUCGGUUCGUAUGACAAUCACCGGACAUCUGAAAAACGUUUGGUUUUCGCUGACGACACAGUUGGUGGUUCAGAUACUGAAACGACAUAUUCAUCCGUUAGCGAGGACGAGUUAGAACAUUCUGUGACUAGAAAUGUUACAGCUGAGGUUGCUGAAGACUUUUCAAAACAACUUGUUCAUCAUUUAGUGAGAAAGACCAUAAAACGUCGGAAAUCAUGCGAUGCCGACGGUGGUGAUGAUGAUGACCAGGCUGAUAUAUCUGAUAGUGACAGUGAAAAUGAGUUUUUGCAAAGUUUAUCAGUGACCAAUACAAAUGAAAAUAAAGAAGAAAAUAUUUAUGUCCAGAACGAAAGUGAAACGUCUGUGACAAGAAAUAGUGCAUUACUUGAGACAAAUAUUAAUGAUAAAGCAGUGGUGAAUAACGAUAUGACUGUAGAUAAAGAUAUUAAUAUACAUAGUGAGGUUUCGGAAGAAACAGAAGAAAACAGUAGAGUUGAAAAUAACACCAAAGUAGAUGUGGAUGCUGACCUCGGGAAGUCUGCUGUUAUCGAUGUAACGUUUCUUGGAAAACUUGUCCGGACACAGAUAAUUGUGCACGUUGGCUCGCUCGUGUUUCGUGGCGAAGAUUCUAUGGUACUAAUGGUGAUAGACAAACCUAUUGCAAAGCUCCUUGAAGAAACAGGAGCGCCUCCUGGACUGAUAGAAUUCGCGGAAAAACAAUAUGGCGGCGAGAUGACCUUAAUGGACCUUGAACCUGCAAUAGUAAUCAGCGUCAUUGAUGCUGUGAGAUACAGGUCUGUAACUAAAGAUCUCGUGCAGUCUGCAGUACUGAGUUUGACUCGGACAGUAAAUGAAAAGCUGCAGGCAGCUACACUAAAUAUAACCAUGUUGUUCUAUAAAGCUUUGUUUGCUGACGAACACCUGAGACCUAUUGUAACAGACGAGGAAUAUUUGAAAGAGUUUCGUCCAUGCUUUCAUAAUGCGACUGAACGAAUGGAGAAAUCUCAUAACGUUAAAGAAGUACGGAAAAAUCUUGGUGCUCAUUGUGUGCUAGACAAUUAAUGAUGUGAAAAAAGAAAGAAAUAUUCAUUAAACACCAAUAUUUAUAUAUUUUGCAGAAAACAAGCGUGUUUCAUCGGGUUUUUUUUUACUUUAUAAGUGCAAACACAAUUCAGGACAAUGGAUUGAUAAUAAAAAGAACUUAUGGUUCAUAUCCGUUUUGUGUGAAAGCAACCGUACGAUAUCAUACAUGUAUCAAUAUUGCCUAAUGGCUGUCUGAUGUAUCAUAAUCUUCAAGACGAUGUAUUAAUAAAUUUGCUUUAAUUUUAAACGUCCUGUGAUAUAUAUUAAUAGAGUCAUAUACUCCCUAAGGUAACCUUCUUCCUCACCUAGUAUGUUUUGCUGACCUUAACAUGCAUUGAAAGAUAUGAAUAUAUCAUAAUGUAUAUAUUUACGAGUAUAAUGUAAUCUAC